UUAUUUACAGAUUUAUUUAAAUAUACCUUAACAUCUAGGAAAAGCGGGAAAGGAAGGAUUCGGAUAUUGGGAUUUUGAUCGCGAAGGAACGCGGAAAAUACGCGGAUGGAAAAUCGUGCGGACUCCGGCACGAAGCAGAGUUUAUCCGCGAGAAGCAAAGCGGAGAGAGAGCUCCGCCUCCUCGGCCGUCCCCUUCGCUCCGGGACCCCACCGACACGUCGCCACCCCGCGGUGCCCCCCAGUUUGACCAACUGGCUACUACGUCACACAUGCUUCUGCUUGCGGCUCGGGCCGCCAACUUCUCGGGCUCUCCUCUCGACCGGCUCGGCGAGUCGGUUCAGUGAGUUACGAGUUGCGUCCGGGUUCGCCGUACGUGCGAUAACGGGGGCGUCAAUCGGAUCGCGCGAUUGGGAGAGGAUUCCUAACCUCGUGCACGUUCUCCUCUCUCUCUCCUCUUUCUCUCUCUUUCUCUUUCGUCCACUAUUCUAUUUCCGUCUCGCAUUGCUCCUUUUCCUUCCUACCUUCGGUCCGUCCCUCUCGUCGUUCGGCAACAGGUUUGAAUUUAUGGGACAAUAAAGAGUGCGGUGCGUAGUGCGCGCGUGUUUCCUCUCUCUUUCUCGCCGCAGAGGGGACGGAUAGACAGCGAGAGAGAGAGAAAGAGAGAGAGAGAGAGAGAGAGAAAGGGUCUCCUCCGUCUGCGAAGAACAGCGCGGCGGAGACUAUCAAACUCUCAUAAAACUGUCAGCCGCGGCCGGCCGGCCUGACUUAUGCGCGCCCCUUCUCCCAUCCGGAAGUGGAUCGACAACAGAAGUGCUCUCCCACCCCCUUCCCCCUCAUUAUCUCUACGAUUUCACCUCCCGGUAUCCUCGAACAUCUCGCGGAAAUAAUAAUAAUAAUAAUAAUAAUAAUAAUAAUAAUAUAAAUUCGGAAGUAAAACGAGAAGUAAUCGGGAGAAACAGGGCGCAGGAAGCGGCGGAGGAUCCAAAGCGAUCGCUUUGAACCACCUCUUUCUCUUCCUUCUUUUCACGAGGGUGUACGAGGCGGAAGGGGGCGCGUGCGCGCGUUGCCCCCUCGCGGAGACGGCAAACGGAAGACUGUUUCUCGGUGACGUUGCGUUCUACAAGGUUGAGGGAAAAGAGAGAAGCGAGAGAGGGAGAGAGGGAGAGAGAAAGAGAGAGAGAAAGAGAGAUCCUCGCCCCACCACAACCACCACCAUCGUGGCUCCCGAAUAUCUCUCCAUUAGCCCCCCUGACGGUGCUAUCCCCUCUCUGUGACCCCUGUGUCUCGCUCGCGCACCCCUCUCGUCGCCUCCUGUCACGUCGGCCAGCGGCACACGGGCACCAGCGCCGGCAGCACCGCCACACAAACCCGUCGGAGACGUAAGGAACGGGGUUGAAGAAUCCUACGCCGGCGGAGAGACCAAUCAAGGUUUGACGAACGACGGGGAUUGGUCGAGGCGCUCCUCUGACACGCAGAGAGCGCGGGCACGUGACAAGCUACCGCACACACACCGUUGGGGCCUCCGUUGGAUCGUGGCGAGGCCUUCAGUACGAUACCAACCACCCUCCGCGCACGCAACAGGGACACGAGCCGCGGCAAUAAAGCUUCACCCCCCUGAUGCGAGGAGGUGAUACCUGUGCACGAAGAGACCGAUUAUUUUCAUCCGUUCGCCUUUGCUUCGCAACCGAGCAACGACGACGACGACGACGACAAUAGUUUUUUCUUCGAGGAGUUCGGUUUACUCGCGGAUCGCGCUGUUCUCGAAGGGAUUAUAGUAAAACGAUAGACACGACGGGACACACAAGUGAAGGAUAAUAUAAGAGGGAAUAAGAGAGAAGUGCAUGGGGGUCUCGUCUUCAAUGGGGCGACCCGAUAAGCCGGCCGUUACGCGCUACUGCACGCUGCCUCGACGAGUUCUCUGUAGAGGUUUCGUGUUUGUACAACGCGCCUACAACGAGCACAAGUGUGAACAAAAGAAGGUAAAGCCUACUCUCAGUUCAGUUCAGUUGUGUGACAUGUUCAACUACCGUCAUUAUCCUCGUCGUGAGAUCGACACAGGGAUGACGACAUCGUCCGUUUGAAACGACGAGUUUUCGUGUGCGCGCGUUUUAAUAUCCUCGCCGAGAUAUAAUAAUCGAAGGGAAGAAGGGAAAAAGGAGAAGAAAACGGAGUGUUGUUCGAUCAUUUUGUGGAAGAAAAACAAGGAGAUCCUUGCCGCGUUUGUGUCUCUCCCUCUCUCCCUCUCUCUCUCCACCCCGGUGAACCAUGAGCUCCUAUCAGUUCGUCAACUCUCUGGCGUCGUGCUACGCGGGCCAACAGGCCCAGCAGCAGCCACGGGCCACCGCCAACUCGCCCGGGGAGCCGUUGCAGGCCGCCUCGCCCGCCGGUGGCGAUUAUUACAACCCGAACGCGGCCACGAGCAGCUACCCGGCCCCGUGCUACUCGCCCCAGCAACACUAUCCUCAGCACCCGUACGCGACCCCCGCGUCGGGCAUGCAACACACCGCCCCCACGGGCAUGAUAGACUACACGCAGUUGCAGCCCCAGCCCCGGCUGAGCGCGGCCGCAACCACGCACAGUUUGCACCAGCAGCAGCAGCAGCACCACCCGCAGCAACAGCACCAUCCCCAACAGCAGCAGCAGCAGCAACAGCUCCACCAGGACCCGACCACGCCGCUGCUCCAGGCAGCGUCGGCACCGUCCGCGCCCUCCGCCUCCAGCUGCAAGUACGCCGACUCCACGGGCUCGACCGGCGUCGCGUCGCCCCAAGAUCUGACCACGUCCACCUCGAGGAACAGUCCCACGCCGCUCGUCGCCGCCGGCACCAGCAAGGCGGUGGGAACCGCGGGCCUCACCUCGCCACCGGGGGCCUCCUCGAGGUCCUCGGUCGCGGCCUCCGCCGCCGCCUCGCCCGCCAGCGGCAGCUCCAGGCCCCAGGAGGGUAGUUCCGCCCUCACCACGGCCUCCUCCGCCUCCUCGCCCGCCUCCUCCACCUCGAGCACCUCGAGCACCGGGAACAACUCGUCCAACAAGAACAAUCCAACGGGGAACGAGCCGCCCAAGAUUUACUCGUGGAUGAAGAGGGUGCACAUCGGCCAGAGCACGGUGAACGCGAACGGCGAGGUGAAACGGCAAAGGACAUCCUACACCAGGUACCAGACGUUGGAGCUCGAGAAGGAGUUCCACUUCAACCGAUACCUGACCAGGCGGCGUCGCAUCGAGAUCGCGCACGCCCUCUGCCUGACGGAGCGGCAGAUCAAGAUCUGGUUCCAGAAUCGGCGGAUGAAGUGGAAAAAGGAGCACAAGAUGGCGAGCAUGAACAUUGUACCGUACCACAUGUCGCCUUACGGCCACCCUUACCAGUUCGCGCCCCACCCAGGCCAGUUCGCACACUUGGCCACAUAGGACGAGUUCUCGCCCGCCGAGCUCGGAGCACACGCUGUCCGGUUCCCCGGGAUGUACGGCGAGCAGAACUUCUAAAAAGGCUUUCCCCCACACCCACUCCACCCUCCCCGGCCUUGGCCAUCCUCACGAUCCUCAACGUAACAGGUCUUGCUCGGUGACUCAGGCCGGCCCGGGACACACACUUCACUUCCAGUAGGACACACGUGGUGGAGAAGGCCCGCGAUCUCUGGCCGUAGGCCGCCGAUAGGACCCGUCACUCGUACGAUUCAUACAUUUCCUCCUCCUCUUCUUUUUUUUUUUUUUUGCUCUCUCUCUUCUUCUUCGUCCGUCCAAACUUUUUUCUUGGUGAGCAAGGUUGCGCAAUUAAUUCUAUCGUUUAAUGAUUCCGUUAGAAUUUCUUUUUUUUUUUUCAGUAUGUAUUGUGAUCCGAUUGUGACAGGCGGAAGAGUGACGGAGUGGGUAAAUAAUUGAUCGAUUGAUUGCUCGAAAACAGUUCCAUCCAAUUUGAUGAUAAAGAUUAAUUUUGUUCUCCCUUUUACUUCUCGACUGGAAGGAAUUAAAAAUUCGAUAUGCUCACGGUCCGUCGGCCUGUGUUCGUCCACGUUCGCGGGAUAUGUUCCGCCACGCGGUGCGACUGUUGGAAGUUGAAGGGGAAGCCGAGAAGAAAAAAGAAUUUUCUGCAAAGCGAAGCCGUGCGCCCGAUUAAAUGGACUGGACGCGCUCCGAGGGGCUCUCGCCGCGGUUAAAUUAUAAAGCGUAACCCGAACGCGGACGGGAAGCCACCUCAGCGGGUGAGAUAAAACCGAAUCAGUAGUUUUUAAGGGCUUAGAAAUUAGCGGUCUAAGUGAUUAAUUAAUUGAGCGAAUAAUUAAUUAAUUAUCUUGUCCGGCCGCAUCUAUUGUUUCGCAUCUUUUGGAUCUGUCCAAAAGAGGACGACACCCUCCUCUUCAUCCUCCCCUCCUCCCCCCUCCCUCCACGCUCCACACUCCCGUGCGCACAAACACGUUUCCCCCGUAUAUUUCGAAACCGAAUGGAAAAAAAAAGAAAAAGGAAAGAGGGAAAGAAGGGACCGACUUGUACUUACAUUACCUAACUUCGCGUUCCUUCUUCCAUCUCUUCUCUUCUCUUCUCUUCUCUUCCUCUUCUUUCGCUCGUUCUCGAGAAGGAAAAAAAAUCUAUCCCCUCCCUCCUUCCCUCCUCCGCCCCCUCCCUCCCUCCCUCCCUCCCCCUCUGCGGGGGAUUCACCGGCCGGACGAAUCGACGAACGACGCAGUCUCCACAGACCGGUGGAACCGUCUGUUUCUAUGUGCACGUUAAAGUCUCUACCUACCUACCUACCUACGUAGUACGUAAGGUGCCUAUUAAUAAACGCUCGAUCCAUACUUCACCGCCGUUUUUCCGAUAGAGGCCCGCCUGAUACUUUUACUAAACUUUUACUCGCGAAAAUCGAAGCGUAUGACGAAGCCGCCUCCACUUUAUAGCUGGAUAGUCGAUAACGAGCCUAUUCUCUUUUUUCCCCCUCCCCCCUUCACGCCGCGGUCAAGCCAAAUCGAAUAGGAGAGCACUUUCGUCCCUUUCCCUCAUUUCGUAUCGACGUACGAUACACGCGAGAUGUACAUGCACGCGUAAUAUAUUUUACGCGGUACUUACUUACAUGUUCCUCCUUUUUCUCUUUUCUAUUUUUCCCCUUUUUUUUUCUUCUUCUUUUCUUUUUCUUUCAUUCCCCGAAGAUACGUGAUAUUUUCGAUAUAGAUAGGGGGUUGAGCAGAGAAAGCUGUUUCUUGUAAAUACCGCAGUACGUAUCUUGUCAACGACAAGUGAGAAUUAAAUCGUUAAAUCGUUCUUACGGAUAACUGUGGAUUAUGCAAUUGUUGUGGGGGGAAACGAUUUUGAUAGAAAGUUGUCCGAGUCUCGUUGCAUUUGUGCGUUAAUUCGCGUUAAUUCGCGUUUAAUCAUUACAUUACAUUACGGUACAAUUCUGUUUCUUUUUCCUCCCCUGUAAAUUGUACAGCAAUUAAACAACGUAUAACUUUUAGAGGGAUUUGUUGCGAGAGGUACGCGUUCGCGCAUGCGCCUCCCGUCUGGCUGCGCAUUCGCAACUGCGCAUCACGACGCGCAAUACGAAAAGGAAAGAAAAGAACGAGGAAAAGGAGUAAUUUUUUUCGAGCGAGAGGAGGAUGAGAAAGGAAAUAGGAGUGAUCGAAUGAAAAAGCAGGUGUUUAAAUGAAUUUAGAUAAUGUGUUCUCGCGUUGUAAUAAUUGGUUUUAUCUUGUGAUAUCGAAGACUCGAAAGGAAGAAAGAAAAGAAAAGGAAAGAAAGAAAGGUAUAAUAAUUGAACUGAGAAAUAAAAAUAAGAAAAAUAAAUCGCUCUAGCAAUCGCUCUCGUGCUUAAAUAAAAGAUGUCGUGAACUGCGUAAAAUUUUAUGCGAGGCAAAUUCGGAAGAAUACAGGGAUCUAUAAAAAAAAAAGCUAUAUAUAUAUAUAUAUAAAUAUAUAUAUAUAAUAUUAUUAAUAUUCGAAGCGAAAGAGAGUGAGAGGGAGAGAGUGAAUGAGAGAGAGAGAAAAGAUUAAUAAAUGUAUAAGGUGAGCAAGAGCGAGCAAGGCGAAAAGAGAGAAAGAUAUAAGCGUAGACUAUAACGUUGAAUUGUACAUAGCUAUUGAAUAUAUGGCAAAAAAAAAAAAACACGAUAUUGAACGACGUUAUUAUCGUACGAGGCGCUAACGAACGAGCACGAUUCCUCGAAAUAAUUCUUUUGUAGUCGAUAAUGAACAGAAAAUGGUAUCCGUUGCUUCGUGGAAUGUAAUUGUUUGUGAUAAAAACGCAGAUGCAGGAUGCAUAUAUAUAUAUAUAUGUUAUAUAUAUAUAUAUAUAACACGUUAGAAUCUUUCGUUAUCGCCUGGUACAUCGCAUAGGGAUAUUUAAAUGAAAGAAUAGCGAAGAUUAAUAAUUAAUAAUUAAUUAAAUAAUUAUCAUUAUUAUUAUUAUUAUUAUUAUUAUUAUUAUUAUUAUUACGAUGAUUAUUGAAAUUAUCGACAUUAUUACUAUUAUUCUAUCGAGAGUGAGCCUGUUUCUAAUUGACUUGGUCCAGUGUUAAUAUUGUAUUUUAUUUGUUUCGUUAUUAUUAUUAUUAUUAUUAUUAUUAUUAUUUUUUUUUUUUUGUUGUUCACGCCGCGUGUCGUACACAACACGUUCCGUACCUAUGAAUGCAGAAUUCAGAUAUAAAAUUUCUCGCGCUGUUAUUUUCAAGCGCGAGAUAAUCCGUCGCGAGUAAUAUUAAGCGAGAUUACGCGCGAGUAUAUAUAUGUAUGUGUAUAUAUAUAUAUAUAUAUAUAUGUAUAUAUCUCACGCUCUCCUCCCGCGAACGCGACGUUCAUCUUACUUUCUUACUUACUUUCUUCGAGACGCACGCGUUCGGAUCAUGUGUGGAGAAGGGGAAAAAAAAAAAAAAAAAAGAAGGAAAUAUAUACAUACAUAUAUAUAUUUCGCAUACCCGUGUCAGGUGCGAAGGAUGCGUUUCUCCGAUUUAAAAUUAAGCUCAAGUAUUACGUUCGUGCGUAGCGUCAAAACUGAAAUGUUACUUCAUUCCAUGUAAAAAAAAAAAAAAAAGGAAAAAAAAAAAAAAAAAAAAACCCAAAAAAAAAAAACGAAAAAAAAUAUAUACGUAAAAAUAGUUCUAACUAAAAAGGAAGAGAAAAAAGAAGAAAGAAGAAAAAAAAAGGUAUCUUAACUACUUAACUACAUCUACGUAACCUAGAGCACCGUACGUGUAAGGUCGCAUAAUUAUAUAUAAUUUAAAUUGUAAUUAUUAAAAUGAUAUGACGUACAGAAAAAAAAAAAGAGGACAACGUUUUACCCUUUCUUCUUUCUCAUACAUACAUACAUACAUACAUAUAUAUAUAUACACACGUAUGUACACCUGUACGAAUUCCAAUUCGACUCGACCAGGAAGGGAAAAGGAAAAAGGAAAAUUGGUUGCUCGGAAUCGCGUCGAUUACACGCAUCGCUCGAUAAGAAGAAAUUGUUCAUUCGAUCGUUACGACUCGUCGCUGAAAUUCCACACGCACAGCGAUAACACUCGAGUCGAAAGAUCGAGCGAUGCCCGCUCGAUCGAGCGAUGCCCGCUCGAUCGAAGGUUAUCGCCCGCCUUCCUCUCGCGCGCGCCUCUGCUCGUGCCGAUUUUUCUUCCCUCGUAACAACAACACUCGUUACGUGCUGAUCCUUCCCCAAUCUCCUGAUAGCGAUUGUAAAAAUAAUUAAUAAUUCUAUCCCACCGGUUCCACUCGAAAAUUCGAAAGGGAAUUUUGAAGAAAUGGAUCUUUCCUCUGCAUUAGAUACGAUCUAAGAAGAAUGUAUAUAUAUAUAUUUUUUUUUUGCACGACUGGACAUCGUCGUCUCGAGAUACGAACCCGCUCGAGAUACGAUCGCGUGACAAGAGCGGGAGGUCGCGGGUUGAUAAAGCGGCCUCACACCGUUCCAAAACUACCGAAACGGACAGGAGUCGAAGGUAACGAGGAGGCAACAGGGGACUGGACGCAAGUCACGAUCCGUGAUGCAACACGAUCUCCCUCUCUCUCUCCUUCUUUCUUCCUCCCGCUUCUUUUACGAUUUCACCGCGCUACCGAGGAUGACGAGGCGAGUUUCGAUCGGUGUUACUCGGCUUCCUCGAUCCUCCGCUGCGAGGAGAUCGUGACUUUUGUCAGGAGGCUUCGUAACAAGGAACCCUGGCGCCUCCAGUUCGGAAGAUUUCUUUCCCCUCUCCCUCUCUUUUGUAUAAAAAAAUAUCGAUCCACUUUUGACUCGAUUCCGUAUUAUCGCGUUAAACGAUAAGUUAUCGAGGUGUAAUUUUGCGUGUAACUCGUUCAAUCGAGGUUCCAUCAUAUACAAAAUAAUCUCCCGACUAAAGAAGAGGAAGGGGAGAAACUGUCGAAAGCGGUGGAAAGUUGAGUUUUUCCGGCGGCGAGCCAGAGAGACGGCGGAUCGAGUCCGGUCGAUCGGUUUGAGCGACAGGCGACGCGGGAGAGACGGAGAGGGGGGAGGUCCCCUGUCCAACAACGUUUGCUGUUGCGCAGGAACGUUGCGCGUCCUCAAACGGAGCGGAGCAAGACUUCACCACUUUUAUAUACGGAGUCUGAAUAACAAAUCUGUCCAAUUCACAUGUCGACAUCAAAGAAGAUAAUAUAAACACUACAUCGAUACAUCGUCCGCAAAAA